AUGCAUACAAAAUCGUUUUCUUACUUUAGUACAGAAUCUAUUCUCGAAGCGUCGGGCGACGUCGACGCCGGCGCCUCGAUUCCUACCGCGCGGUUCGACGACGUGACAGUCGUCGCUAGAACACACCGUCAUAGAACACGUGUAUAUCGAGCCCGUCGUCGUUCAGACGAGCGGACCGUGCAGGUCACAGAUACGAACGACGCUCCGGAGGGGUGGGGGCGGCGCGGCGGCCGCCUCACCGCCACUCGGAGAUGGCCGCCACCGUGGUGCUGGGCUGCCCGGCCGCGCCCGCCGUGCCUGACGCCACCGCGCCCACCGCUGCCGGGAAACGCUCACAUAUCAUAUUCAUCUCUUCACCCAAUAUCGUAA